AUGUCUCGCUCGCGCGGAGGUUGCUUGAAUUGUCGACAGCGCCGAAGAAAAUGUGACCAACAACGCCCGUCUUGUGUAGCAUGCAACCGUCAACACGUCCAAUGUUCGGGCUACUCGACUGAAUACCGUUGGAUAAACCAUGCUGUCGUGCCAAACGGUCCUCAAUAUGCUGGGCGUACUGCGGUUGUCACUUUGACUGCGCCUCCACCAACUUACGAUUCUCGAAUAACGCAGCCUCUGUUUAGGAAUUUCCUUCAAUCUGGGCUGAGGCUGUUCUACAAGACCCAAUCUAACACAUGGAUUCAGCCCUUCCUUGUCGACAUGUCGCUGGAGAGCCAGUCCAUUCCCAUCAUGGGUGCUGCUCUCCAGUCCCUCAUCUCAAACGGAGAUGAUAGCAUCCCUAUAACGGCUAUGGAGUGUCUUGAUAUUGCUCUCAAGACGUUUCGUCUUGAGAUAGUAUCAGGUGGUGCACUUCUAUCUCCUGGUACAAUGUGUGCUGGACUUCUUCAGGCGCAACCGUACACGCCGUAUCUUCGAAUGAUGGCUGAUGUUUAUCAGCUGACCAAUCCAACAAUGACACUCGUCCCAAGCCCAGAGAAGGACCCCGCUCUUGAACAUGCCCUCGAGUACAUGGCCGUCGUGGAUCUACCUUGCCUCGUUCUGGGUAGAAUAUGCCCCUCAAUAGGUCUUUGGAGACGCUUCCGCCAAGCUCAAGAUGACUGGGAGGGUGGAAGAAAAAUGAGCGUCGAGACUUUUACGGGAGUCCAUGGAGGGCUGCUGGACAUAUAUGGUGACAUGAUGCAUGAUGAAGCGAGUGUUUCGGUCGCUCGUCUAUGGGGAUGGUCUUCUGGUGAGACCAGCAACUCCAUACAGCACCAUUUCUGGGAUGCUUGGAGGUUUGCUGGUAUCGUUGAUGCUCGCCGACGGGUCCGCUGCCAAAGAGCUCCUGGAAGUUGGACAACAGGAGGCGAGACGGCGAAUAUCCCUGAAAACGACCUGGUACUGGGAAGAUUGAUCGCUGCCAUCCAGGCAGUCUAUGCUUAUUCACGAUUACCACAGAACCAAGGCCUCCUAGUAAUCAACGGCCUCCUCUUCCCCCUUGUCGUGGCCAGCCUAGAAGUCACAUGCCUCAAACAGCACCCGGAGUCGAAAAGAACGGUGGAUGACGUGAGGCAAAGUUUUGAACAAGGGCGUACAUUUCCUCUUUCCAAGGUCAUGUUUCAAUUACUUGAUGAGGCUUGGGAAGAUGGAUCGAAUUGCUUUGACAUGGAUCAUGCAGCUCGAUGUAAAGGCGUGGAACUGGCUAUCAUGUAG